AGAAGAGUUGAGAAACAAGAAGAGCUAACACAACAAAAACUUAAGACACCUUUACAGCCUCAUUUCCAAAUUCCAAUGGCAAAUCCAAAACUCUUGUUCUUGUUCUUCUUCUUCGCUUCACUAUGCAUCUUCUCAACCCUUGUUCAUUCCGAUUCUCAUUUCGAAGGUUUCGAAGCCGAAGACGAUGACUCUGAAUUCGAAGAACCUUCCAUCGAUCCAGCUUCUCUCCGUUCACCUCCUUCUCAAUUUCUCUCCACCGAUCCCAAUCCAAACCCUAUUAAUCCUACUCCUUCUCCUUCUCCACCCUCCGAUCUUCCCAAAUCCACUCCUCCUUCAACCACCACCUUCGAUUUCUGGGACGACGAUGAAUUCGAAGGUCUUCCCACUCAACCACACCCUGAUUUCCAAGUUCCAACCACCGAUCCCCAAUCCACCGAUAACACCAACACCACCGCUUCUGAUAAUCAAAACGUUAAGCCUCAACCACGUUCCUUCACCGUUGAGAUCGUUUGCGGAAGUUUUCUUAUCAUGUUCGCUCUCAAUUACUUCACUGGUAAAAAGGAAAACGAGAACAUAGCACUUUCAUGGGCUUCACAUUUUGCUGCUAAAGAUUCAAUUUUUGAGAAAAAUUUCAGUCUUUUAGGGAUCGGCGAUGGCGGGGAUGAUACUCCUUUGUUGUUGAAAGAAGGCCAAACAACGUUUAAGUUUUAUGCUAGUGGUAGAAGAUACUGUCAAGGGUUGUUGGCUACUAUGGAGUUGAAGAGUAGACAUGAUCUUAUUGCUAGGAUUUAUAACAUGGUGGUUCCUUCAAAAGAUGAGAUUACUUUUGAGGUUUAUAUGAAUGAUGAUGCUAUGGAUCAUGUUGUUUUUGCUAUGGCUAGAAAGAAAGCUGCUAAAGCUAUGCAUAAGGAUUAUAGGGAUUUGCAGAGGUUUGCUACUAUUAUGACUCCUCCUACUUCAAGGAAGUGGGUUUCUGAUGAUCUUGCUGUUAUUUCUGAGUCUAGGGAAGUUGCUUCUGAUUUGAUCACUGAUGCACUCAUUGACCAGGUUUUUGGUGACAAGUCUUUUGAGAAAUUUGGAAAAGGAUUAAUUUCAGUGCAUUUCUCCGACAAUCACCCUGGCAUACACAAGAAAGUAUUGCUGUUCAGGUUUGUUCUUCCAGCUGCUAAAAACAUGGCUGAUAUGACUCGACUGGUGGCUCUUGUUCCAUAUUAUAUUGACUUGAUUGGAAGAUAUAAAUUGAGUUCUCAGGCCCGGUCUAAGACAGAGGCUGCACGACAAAAGGUUGCCCAAGAGGUACAGAAAGAACUUCGAAAUAUUCAACAAGAGGCCAUGCAAAGAAGAAAGGCAGAGAGGAAAAAGAUGAUGGAGGAGGCUGAGGCAAAGCUCGGUGCAGAGGCCAUUCGAAAGAAAGAAGCAAAAGAUCGUGCUCGCCAAAUGAAAAAGGCAAUGCCAAGAAUGAAAAUGUCCCGUGGUGCCUAAUUCUUGAUGAUCUGCAGGUAGAAUUGAAGGCCAUCCCCCACCCAACGAACGUUAUAGUUGGGUCCUUGCCUUUUGUAGAAUCAUGGCAAUGUACUUCGUUAGUUUUCAUUUCCUCCCAUGUUAGCUAGAUAGACGUGACCACAUUUUGGUGGAUUUUGUAUGUACCAAAAUUUGGAUCUUAGAAACAUUCAUAAGCUCCUGAUAACUUUAAUCUACAUCCUCAGUUUCUAGUUGAUUGUUGUUUUUCCCCUUUUUUGUCAACAUGCUGAAAAUGCAUGCAAUGACAAAUGCCUAAUGAAUUUCCUUAAAAAAUUUCACUUGCUAUUUGGCCUAGCAAGUUCUGUCA